GCAUUGACGAAGUACAACCAAGCAUGGCUAGCUUAAGUUUGGAAAUCCCUGACUGGGGUGUGGGACCUAGCAAUGCAUCGACUCUAUCAUCAGUAGCUGCGGGUGGGGGUGACUGGUCUAGUAUGGAGGCGCCCGUACAGUCGUCAGCUUCGAGGAAACGAGCUAAUAAAAAGAAAAAUCGUCGAGAAGCCGGGGCGGCGAGAGAGGCAGCCGGCAUACCGAAACGUGUGAAGGAAGAUAGAGAGAGAAAGAUAGACACACAUAAUAAGACGGAUGCAAAGGUAAAAGGUGCGAGUAAUAAAGAGAAGAACGAGAAGCAACCAAAGAAUGGUAAAGUAAAGAAAGUAGCGGAGACGCCAUCGCAAAAGGACAACAGUACAGUGCAGGCAAAGGUACAACCGAAAGAGCUCACAGGAUAUAUCCCGAAUGUCCCUAUAAAGGGUCUAGUAAACGAGAGUCACGCUACACAAUCGAAAAGAGCGAAGCCUGUUCGAACACAGUCGCAAGAAAUGAAGCGCUCCGACACCGAAUCCGUCGAUGAAUCGAACAUCGCGCACAACACCAUCGUCCCCGUGGUAAUCAAAUCCAAGAAGAUGAACCCGGUCAAAACGAAAGCUGACGUAAAAAAUGAAACCAGUGAGCCAUCAACAGAUACUAAGCGGAAUGCUCAGUUGAAAGUCGCACCGAAGGCAGGUGAGAGCACAAAUAAUGCAAAGAGGGAAACAGCAACCACAGCUUUGAAACGCACUGCUGGCGCUACGAGCGAGAGCGAAGCAAAGUCCGCGAAACGAAGGAAGCUGCAGAGUAUGCUACAGGGCGCAACGGCGGCCUCUCAUAUGACCGCUAGUUCAGAAACCGACGCCAUCGGGCCCAAAAAGAAAAUGUCAAAACUCGAUAAGGCUAGGGCGAAAUUAGACGGUGCCAAAUUCCGAUGGCUCAACGAGCAACUAUACACUAUGCAUAGUGAUAAAGCCGUCGAGAUGAUGAAGGACAGUCCCGACUUGUACGAACUGUAUCACAAAGGAUUCCGUAAUCAAGUGAAGACGUGGCCGUCGAAUCCUGUUAAUGUACUGAUAAAGUACAUACGAACAUUGCCUACGAAUAGCGUUAUUGGGGAUUUUGGCUGUGGUGAUGCUGCUCUAGCUGCCGCUGUUUCAAGGAAAUACAAAGUCCACUCCUUCGAUUUAGUCGCAGCGAACGACUCCGUCACGGCAUGCGAUAUCGCACAUGUGCCAUUGAAGGCUAAGACACUGGAUGUAGCCGUGUACUCGCUGGCACUGAUGGGCACGAAUUAUCGAGAUUUCUUACGGGAGGCACAUCGUUGUCUGAAAGUCGAGGGUAUUCUAAAAAUUGCUGAGGUUACGAGUCGAAUAGAGGAUAUUGACGAGUUCAUCCAUGUUCUGGAAGAAGAAUUUGGGUUCGACUUGGUGAAUAAGGAUGUCCGGAAUACGCAUUUUCUGCUCUUUACGUUCAAAAAGAAACGCAAUAUGUCCAAAAGCUAUCAAGAGGAUGAUCAUGUCGAGGUUCUCAGACCGUGUAUCUACAAGCGGCGAUGAUUGACGCCGCCACUCUCGAGCUAUGGUCGCACAAAUUGAAAUCCGGGGACCUUUAAAAUAGACGAAUACCUGUAAAAUAAAGAUGGUAUCUCCAUGGCGUUGGAGAUGUUGCC